GGCCAACUUCGCGCGAGUUUUUUAGAGUAUAUAUACAUCGUCGUCGAAAUACAGGGGCCCGCCGCACACAUUUACAAACAGCCACCCACACGAACGCGUCGCAGGCAGCAUAUGGCUGUAUAUGUAUAUACAGCAGUACGUAAUUCGUGUGCAGUUGCGUACGCUAUACCACCAUACUCUGCUGCAGCUGCGGUGCGCGGGUAGUAGUAGUAGUAGUAGUAGUAGUAGUAGUAGCAGCAGUGCAGCAGUGACUCUGACUGCCAGAAUACGCGCAGCGAGCGAGAGAGAGAUACACACAUAUCGAUAGCAUAAGAAGCAGCAGCAGCAGCAAACGCGGCUCCGUGUAUUCUUGCUCGGUCGCGUAUCAUCGUCGCUACUACUACACUACUAUAAUACAUGGCUCUCGACUCGACUCGGUGCUGCAGUAGUGAUCUUCGCGAGUGAAUUCGUUCUCUGUGCGCGUGUAUUCUCGAAUUCGGCUCGUGUGUUUAUACACGCUCGUGUUAAACGGCGACCUCGCCGAGGAGGAGCCGCAGCAGCAGCAAUUUCUUGUUGGUAAACAAUGGCAAACGAUGCAUUGCGAAACCUAACCCAUCAAAAGCCGAGCGACAAUUGAGAGGCCCGACUGCAGCCGCAUGAUAUGGGUAACAAAGCUUGGAUCGACGAAGCCAACAAGUUUCCAUCGAGAAAGAGGCUUCACACCUGGAUACACAGGCCGAAGAAGUCGUGAUACAGGAUCGUCGUCGUCGAGAGGAUAUCGUUAGACAAUUCAGCAGGAGGAUAUCAGCUUGUUGUCGUUGUUGUUGUUGUUGUUGUUGUUGGGGCCUGUCUGCUGCUACUGCUACGAGUGUGCGUGCAUAAAUUAGCACACGAUACCCACAUAAACGCAGAAAGAGAGAGAAAGAGAGAGACUACGUAAUUGAGGAGCCGACUCCACCACCAGUGAUAUAGCAACGGCCGAACCUCCCCUUGGCAACAAAACGUAACUACACACAUACACACCUACACGGGGCACUGUGCAAGUCAACGUACACGCGUAUAUAUUUACGUGUAUACCAACAGAAAAAGUAAAGAGACAGAGAAAGUACGAAGAAUAAGAAGAAGAAAGUCGUUAUACGUCGUUCGCGCGAUUGUAAUGAACUGAACGAAGAGAGAGAGAGAGUAAAAAACAAAGCGCGAAAUUGUAAGCGACGCGCGUGUUUGUGUUCUGUGUUUUUUUCUGUGUACAUAUUAUUAUAUAGUAGUAAUAAGUGUAUGUUUUGUGCAUGUGCGGAUUGUCGAUCUGCCGAUGUACAUAAAUUGUCGAUCGCAAUCGUACCGGCAGCCCAACGAUAAUCGUAAAGCGCGUACAUGGAGGCGUUCGAGAACACGCUGAGAUUUUCCGCUAUACUGGUGAACAAUCUCCAGAGGUCGCACGGCCAUCACCAUGUCGCGGUCGCCGAUCAUCACAUCAGCAUCGGCCAGAACGGCAUCAACAUCGCCGGUGUCGGCAUCGGCGGCGGCGGCGGAGGUGGAGGCGGAGGCGCUGGCGGCGGUGCUAACGCCGGUCCAGGAGGUCUGGCCUCACAGUACGGCGCCUCGGCCGUCGACCGCUCCAAGCUGCACGAGUGCGACGUCUGCCGCAAGACCUUCAGCCGCAAGGGCAAUCUGAAGCAGCACGUGGACGCGAUACACAGGCGCAUCAAGUCGCACGAGUGCGACGUCUGUCGCAAGGUCUUCAGCCGCAAGAGCUACCUGAAGCAGCACGUGAAAAUCGUGCACGCGGACAUACGCGAGCACGAGUGCUACCUCUGCCACAAGAUAUUCAGCCGCAAGAGCUACCUCGACCAGCACGUCAAGAUCAUACACGAGGGCAUCAGGGAGUUCGAGUGCGACGUGUGCUUCAAGCGCUUCGGCCAGAAGCGACAGCUCAAGCGCCACUACGACGUCAUUCAUCGGGGCAUCAAGAGCCACGAGUUCAGGCGGAAAAAGACUUGAGGCUCGCUGCUCGGGUGUGCCGGUGUUUCUUGUAAAGUAUAUCGAUAAUUUUUAAUUAUUAAAAAAAGGAGAAUAAAAGUUAACUCUGAUACGAUUGUGAUGAAUCAAUGAAGAAUGUAACGAUUAUAUUAUAUAUAUUAUAUAUAUUUGCUCGACAGAAAAUGAAACAAAACAAAUCAAUUCAUAGAUAUAUUUGUAUAUCUUUAAAUCUAGCCUCCGGGCCGCUCGAUGCUGAGCUUUCCGAGGGGCUAGGCUAAAGCUGAGCGUGUAAAAUUACGAAGAGAAUGGGAAAAAACUUGCAUAAACUUUCAGCCUGUAUAAUUGAGAAAAUAAAGGAAAAAAAAAUCGGAUGAACGAGAAAAAAAUUUCAAGUUGAGAAAAAAAAAGAGAAAACUUUAUUUAUUAUGUUUGUAACUGAUCUGAAAGCUUUUGAAAGUUAUAUUUAGAUGUUAGGGCAUAGUUGUAAUUGCAACAAAAGAAAAAUAAAAAUAAAAAAACUUUUCAGCAAGAGAAAACUACCACACGCUGUAACUGAAGAGUAUCAAUAAUCAUUUAUGUACGAAACUAGCGCAUAAUUUCUUUUCAAGUUGAACAGAAAAAAAAAACAGAAAAAAAAGAAGCAAAAAAAAAACGUUUCAUUUGAACUUGAAUAAAGGUAAAACUUUGUAUGAAAGUUUUUAACUUUGAAAAAA